AAUUUAAAGAUGGCGGCGCCCACGGGGAGCGUAAGUGUCAACAAAACCCAAUCCUCAGAACUUCUUGCCCUCGAAAUUAGGGACAAUGGUAGUCACUUAGCCAAUAUUUUCGACCUGAAGAAAAAGAAGACUCCAGAAAAAACAGAGAAGAAAACAUUCAGACUUCCUCCAAGUUCAAUUCUAUCACAAGUAAGAGAUUUCUUACCUCAGAUGGAAAUGGCCAACAAAGCUCUUCAGGAUAAGUCUACAGAAGAAUUAGACAUCGAACAGGUGUCAGAUGACCAGGGUCAAUUCAUAGAAAUGAAUAUUGCAGUGGUGGAACAAAAUGGAGAUAUCUCGGAAGACUCAGAUUCAGAGCAUUGUAGUGACUCAGACUGUGAUAUAAAUUCUGAUUCAGAUGAGUGUUUAAUGGGCACAGUGACAGAAAACAAUCUUCGGGUUAAUAAAAAGGUGAAACACAAACCUAAUAUUGAGGAACUCCCAAACACUGCUUCAGACAGAAGUGGAGCUUGUUAUCAUCAGUCUGAACAUAAAUCAGUUGUUGAUAAAGGAUAAAAAUAAAUGCUAUAAGCCUUAA